AUGUCCAGAUUGAUUGAUGUCACCAUCUUAACGACUAUGCCAUUCACUCCAUUAGCAGAUUGGCUGGAUUCAAUUGAGAGCCUGGGAGGUGGCGUCCGCGCUUCAACAAAGUGCCGUCGCCCUUUGAGGCGCGCAAAGUGUCUCUAUAAAGGCCUACAGAGAAAGGUCUGUUUGCGACACCCCACAUCACUUCCCAAUCAUUUCAAAAACCACAUGUCUAUCGCUAUUCGCGACCGGACUAUCAUUAGCCGUCACAUUGCCCCAGCUGUCCAGAGUUUGCAAAAUGCGGGUACUUUGAUAGACAGUGCAGCGAGAGAGAAGAAACCAAGCAAAACCAAAGACUUCGCACGGAAGGUCCUCCAUGGUACUAAUCAAAUCAUGCCCGUUGUUGAAGGAGUCGCCGAGCUCCAUCCCGUGGCGAAGGCAGUGGUAAUGGUCUUCAAGGCUGUUUUCGCAUCUUCCCAUGGUUUGUCGCUGAUUUACGGCCCAAAAAAGUCUAUCACCAAAUUAGAGACAGAUAAAAUGGAGAACGAUGACCGGAUUGCAGUGGCCAUGACCCUUUUCACCUUGCAACAUUUGAGCAAACUCUCGUUCAUGCCCGAGGACCUUGAACUUGCGCUGGGCGAAGCCUUCGGCAAACUUGAAAAAUAAUCAAUAGUUUUAGUAACCAAAACCAUGCAUUUCUUUCUUGUUGCAGAUCACUGAUGCCUGCGGCGACCACAGGGAAUUUUUCCAGGUGCGUAUGUUGUGCGCCUUAACCUCCCUCGGGCAUCUCAAAUUAUGCCUUCAGCGUCUACUACGCCCACAAGCAAAGCACAUUCCGCGUCGUGCGCUCUGGGGAGUUCAAGGAGAAAUUGACCGGUUUCAUGCAAGAUUUUACCUAGAUCAGAAGACACUUCCUCGAAAUCGUGCAUAUAUAAUCUGCGAACAGCAUCGAUUCCAUGAAUAUCAAUAUUCAACGGAUUAUCGAAACUCUAGGCAGAGACGGUGCUAGGGAAGCUGCGGCUACCCGUGUGGUUGAGAGCAGAGGUGGCUUCGAGGCGCUAUACAUGAAGAUCUCAGCGAGAUGCUGGGGAGUAACAAAUCCAAUUUCGAAAAGAAAAUACAUGGCGCUACCUUUCAGAUCAAGGAGGCAGUGGAAAGCUCAAAGGAUGCUAUUCUGCGCCAGCUGAAUGAAGGACCACAUGAAGCCCUCGACGACGAAGAUAUCAAAGUUAUUUGGAGCGAAUCGGUGCGCAUCUCAUUCCGCAAAGCAAUCAGAACUUCAGGCCUAUAUCCAUUCAACAGAAAUGGAGAAACAGCGUCAAGUGGCAUGUAUUUAUUGAUGCGAUACAUGACCGAUUCUCUCAAAAGUUUGGAGAGCACCUUCGCGAGAACGAGGACUAUUACCAAGAUCAGUGGAUGCUUAUGGUCCUGUCAAAGGUCGUGUGUAUAUCAAUUUCAUUCAGCUCUAGUUAAUUGAAAUCCACCAACACUUUCCAACAAUACAUAGUCCACUAUGCACUGGGAGAAGCCAUUGACGAGGAUGGCAGUGGUUUUGUAUCCGUACACGAAAUGAACCAUUUUUUGAAUCG